AUGGUUCUGGACAGCAUAGAUGGCAAAUCCAGCAAUCGCGAGAAUGAGGAAGAGAACGAUGAUAAUGAUCGCGAUCGUAAUGUUGCGCGCUACCAUAUUGGCAAGCAGGAACCCCGGCGGGCCGUCAACCUUUGGUGGUGUUGUUUUAUCGCAGCCUUGGAGAUGAAGGGCUUUGUGGUUUACAAAGACAGUCGGCGAUUCGCCAGGUCAAUUUGA